AUGGCUGCGUCCCGGGAAAGGCGCUGGCACCGAGUGUCCUUUGUACAGUGUACCGUCGUGUGUUUCCUACUGCUGUGGUGUGCGGUAGCAACGGGAGGACAAUCGAACAACCAGCCAGAGGAUACUCCAUCCAGCCGACGACUGGAUCGUAACCGGAUCAAUCUUCUUCGAGAGCAAACCCUCAGCAGAGCUCGCCCUUCUGUUCGUGAUGCGUCACCGUACCGGCUACCGAACAGCACGAUACCGGAGAGCUACGUGCUGGAGCUGAGUGUCCCUUCGACGCAGGACCUAGGCUAUACUGGCACCGUGACGAUAGGGAUACGCGCCCAACACACAACCAACUCGAUCGUGCUGAACUCCCUCCGGAAUCGUAUCGUAAACUUGAGGCUUCGGAACGCGAAUCAAAUCGAGCAACCGAUCAUGUGCUACGAGGAAGAUGCGGCCGCCCAAACGCUUACGAUUCAGACGAUGUCCGCGUUGACUGUGGGAUCACUUUACCAGCUGACGAUCCGGUUCGAAAACGAGAUCCGAACGGAUGUGUCCGGAUUCUAUUAUUUCGCUUAUCCGGCGGCCGAUACCGGUGAGGUACAGUACGGUGCCAUUACACAGUUCGAAGCGAUCGAUGCGCGGACUGCGUUCCCGUGUUACGAUGAACCUGCACUGAGGGCUACCUUUACGAUCAUCAUUGAUAGUGGUUCGGAGACGAAGGUCCACUCCAACAUGCCGGUUGCCUCCGUUAAAAUCAUUGGCGAAGGUUUGAAGCAAACUCGCUUCCAAACGAGCCCCCGAAUGCCAACCUACCUGGUGGCCUUUGCUAUUACGACUGAUUUUGCCAAUGUACGAACGUCCCUGAAGGGGCCAGAGUCAAGCUUCAACAUGGAGCUGGUGGCUCCACCGGGUUCGUCCCCGGCAGCCCGUCAGUACGGGCUGGAGCUGGGCGCUCAGGCGAUACGAACCGUCGAGCGUCAUUUCCAGCAAACGUACGAUCUUCCCAAGCUUGAUCAACUGGCCGUACCGAGGUUCUACUUUGCGGCCAUGGAAAACUGGGGUUUGGUGGUGUACGAGGAAUCGUACCUGCUGUACGAUGAGUCAACCGGCACGAACCGUGAUAAGGAGAACGUAAUCGCAACGAUUAUGCACGAGUUUGUGCACCAGUUUUUUGGUAAUCUGCUGACACCCCAUUGGUGGUCUGACGUAUUCCUGAGCGAAGGUUUUGCCACCUUUUACGAGUAUUAUCUUAGCAGUGAGCUUGAACCAAGCAUACGGUUCCAGGAGAAGUUCACCGUCGAAGCGCUACAGACGGCCUUGCUGGUGGACAGUGUUAGCACCAUACGCCCGCUGUCCUACUCGGUGCCAGACCAAUCCGACAUUAUGCGUCUGUUCGACAUCAUUGCGUAUCAAAAGGGUGGUAGCAUCCUGCGCAUGUUCCAUUAUGCACUCGGUGCGUCCACCUUCCUCAAGGGUGUUCGGCAUUACAUAAGCAGCAACAAAGGAAGCUCCGUUACACCGGAAGCGUUGUUUGCAAGCUUGCAGUUUGCGGCGGAGGAAGAUGCGGUACUAUCGCGCAGCUUAAACGUAGCAAUGCUUAUGGGGUCCUGGGUCUAUCAGUCCGGAUAUCCCCUCGUAACGGUUGAGCAUCAUGAUGAUGAAUUGAUCUUCCAUCAACACCACUACACAACGGAUUCACUGGAGGACACGCAAGGCCCAGGUGGCCGUACCUGGUGGAUUCCGGUCGCCUAUCAAGUCGUAUCGCGUGAUGGCACGGUAACGAACGAGCAGUUUUGGUUGCCAGAAGGAACAUCGCAGGUAGCGAUACCCAGCGCCAGCUUGCCGGACGGUUCUUGGCUACUGGUGAAUCCUGGCCAAACGGGUUACUACCGGGUGAACUACGAUGCAAACCUGUGGCUGCGCUUGAUCCAACAACUGACCAGCAAUCACGAAGCGCUCCCAGCGACAUCGCGCAGCCAGUUGCUGGACGAUGGCUUUAAGCUCUACUUCACCGAACACAUCGAUGCACCGUUGCUGUACGGGCUGCUCCAGUACACUGGACGUGAAGUAGAUGCCAUUCCGUGGACAGUGGCACUGGCCAAUGAUAAUCUUGGCACACUACGUGAUGCUCUCGUGCCAGACGCAGCAUCGUUCAACGCUUUUACGCGCUUUGCCGUUGCUCGGAUAAGCAGCAUCUACGAGCUGGUACAGUUUGAUGGUGUAUCCGGUGAGCCGCAUGAGUAUCAGCAGCUGCGUAGCAACCUCAUCGAGUGGAGCUGCCGCCUGGGAGUCGCCGAAUGUCGUACGGAGGCACUGACCAGAAUGAUGAACGAUUUGGCCGGUACGGCAAUGAUUCCAUCGUAUCUGAAGGAAAGCGUAUACUGUGGAGGUGCCACCGUUGCCACUGUGGACCAGCUGUUGGCCGUCUGGUUACGGAUGCAAGCUAGUUCGAGCCUGGGAGAACGGUCGCUGCUCAUCGCUGCUUUGGGCUGUGCCGAAAAUGCCGCCUUUUUGGACCUAUACCUAGGCUCGCUGUUCGAUGCGGACACCAACUAUCGGCCCGGCGAAUGGUAUCAGGUGCUGAGUGCGGUCUACUCAAAGUCGGCCACCGGAUUCGAUGCGUUCAAUCGAUGGUCGGUUAGCUACACCAUGCAGAUUUUACAAAACUUCGGCACGGAUCCAGCCUUUACCGCCAUUAUGAGUGAUAUACAGCAGCGGCUGCAAAAACUUCCUCGACAUUAUGAACUGGUUCAAUUAUUUAUGCAGACGUAACGAAAGAAUUCAGGAAUGCAGGAAUAGUCACGCUGGCGUGUGAAACUGUCCAAUCAGCC